GAACUGUUUUUGAGGGUGAAUUUCGUGAUGGCAAAUUUCACGGACACGGAACCAUGUCUUUUCCUUGCGGACAAAGCAUAGAUGGGGUUUGGAUAAAUGGUCAAUUGAAAAUGAAGCGGUACAAGUUCAAGGACGGUUUAGUGUUCGAUGAAGAUAAUUGGAAGUUUUGCCAAUUUCCUGACAGACGAUUUUAUCCAUGUAUCACAAGUUACCUGAGACCUGCACGGGAAACGUUAGAAACUAAUUUUCAUCCACCAAAAAUAAUUCCUAUUCAUUGUUACGAUACUGGUAACGGUGUUUACUAUCCGGAUACUCAUUGUAUCAUGUCUUAUGAUUCAAAAAAGAUAAUCGAAAUACCAACAAAAACGAAAGCUGAAUGGAUUAUAAACAAUUGUCGAAAAGGAUUCGACGAACCUACAGGUUAUCAACCAUGGUUACACGAAAAUUGGUCGACAAAAAUUCAUGAGGAUUUAAAUAUAACAUAUUGUUUACCCUUAUCAAACGAUUCACCGCAACAUUGGUGGAAAAGAUUAUCAACCUUCAAGAAAGAUACCAGCAUAUAUCGGAAGGAUGACGACUUCGUUUGCAAAAAUUGUUAUCUAAAUCAACGAGAAAAAAAGGAAAAUGAAAAUACCGAGGAAAAGGAUUAUUAGUAUUAAAAUAUAUACGUUAC